CCCAAUCAAGUCCCUUGCAGAAUCAUAGCAUCAGCAGGAUUUUUGGGUCAUAAUCCAUCUAUAGUGGGGCCCAUUAUUUGGACGGUUAAGAUUUUACGUACAUGCAUGCCACCUGUACUAUAUCUCAAUGCAUGAGUAUUUAAAGAAAAAAAGAAAAAAACAAACCUCCUCAUUCCUAUUUCCCUCCUCAUAACCAACUUCCCAUAAACGCCACUGCCAAAAGCUCUCCCUCUCUCUCAUUCCUUUCGUCUUCUUACCUUUGAUUCUUCGUAGAAAAGCAUUCAAUUCCCAAAGAAUUCUAAACUAUUACCAAGAAAGGCCUCUGCCACUGCUGUUCUAAGCUUCUCUCUUCAGCCAUUUCCAAGGGUAUUUUAGGAAUUUGGAUCUUUCUCGGCAGGCCGAAAUCCGAUGGCGGUGGAAUACCAAUGCUGUGAAUUGCAAUUUUUCAUUCACAUUCUAAUAAUUUCAUUAUUGGUGUUGUUCGCCGGAAUGAUGUCGGGACUUACGCUUGGUCUCAUGUCGAUGAGCAUCGUCGACCUCGAAGUUCUUGCUAAGUCAGGAACGCCUCAAGAUCGAAAGCACGCUGCAAAGAUACUGCCGGUUGUCAGGAAGCAACAUUUGUUGCUUUGUACACUGCUUAUUUGUAAUGCUGCCGCUAUGGAGACACUCCCUAUUUUCCUCGAUAGUCUUGUUACUGCUUGGGUUGCUAUAUUGAUUUCAGUGACAUUGAUACUUCUGUUUGGUGAGAUUAUACCGCAGUCCGUCUGCUCACGUCACGGUUUAGCUAUUGGGGCAGCAGUGGCUCCGAUUGUUCGUGUACUUGUUUGGAUUUGUUACCCUGUCGCAUACCCAAUAAGCAAGUUGUUGGACGUCAUAUUGGGGGAUGGACAUGUUGCUCUUUUUCGUAGAGCCGAGUUGAAAACGCUUGUUGAUUUUCAUGGGAAUGAGGCAGGAAAAGGUGGAGAAUUGACGCGCAAUGAGACAACAAUCAUAGCUGGAGCCCUUGAACUCACGGAGAAAACAGCUAGAGAUGCCAUGACUCCUAUAUCUGAAACUUUUGCAAUUGAUAUUAAUGCAAAGCUUGAUAGGGAUAUGAUGAAGUUGAUUUUGGAUGAAGGACACAGCAGGGUGCCAAUUUAUCAUGAAAAACCUACAAAUAUAAUUGGGCUUAUCUUGGUGAAGAAUUUAUUAUCAAUACACCCUGCAGAUGAGGUGCUCAUCAAGAACGUCACCAUCCGGAGGAUCCCAAGGGUCUCAGAAGACAUGCCUUUAUAUGAUAUCUUGAACGAGUUUCAGAAAGGCCACAGUCACAUGGCGGUCGUUAUCAGGCACAACAUGCCCGCCGAACAACCAACAAGCCAGAAUGCCAAUGAUGAUUCGGCGAAAGAUGUGAGGUUGAAUAUUGAUGGUGAAGGGCAUCAUCAAGAGAAAAACAUGAAGAACAAAAGAUCACUCAGGAAGUGGAAGAAUUCCCACUCCAGCAUGCAGAAUGGCAAUUCAAGGAGUAGAAGGUGGGUGAGGGACAUGUCAUUGGAUGUUCUACAGAUAGAUGACAAUCCGAUUCCAAAGCUCGCGCAAGAGGAAGAAGCUGUCGGAAUAAUCACAAUGGAAGAUGUCAUUGAAGAAUUGUUGCAGGAGGAGAUCUUUGACGAAACCGAUUAUCAUGAAGAUUUGUAACGAACACCUUCUCCUAUGGCAGUUUAGAAUUGAAGAAUUCCUUCUCUUUUUUCAUAAAAAAUUAUACACAAACUGCUCAUUACAAAUACAUGAUCUUGUUAUUCACACUAGUUUAGUACAUGCACCAGGACAAGUUUUGCAGUCACACAUGAUUCUGUACAUGUGAUGCCAUGGUUCAAGACAAGGGUUGAAAUAUUCUAAUGUGGGGCACUUUUUGGGUGUCCCCAUUGAUGGUAUGACCCAUCAUAUGAACAGUUUGUAUCACUAAAACAUAUCCCCACAUGGACGAAGUCCUUUGCGUCAUCAAACAGUAUGUUUCUGAGGAGUAGGAUGCUAUAACUCCUCUUCUAACUCGAGUGAAAGAUUCUUAUCCUGAGCAGAUAAUGUAAUUUGUUAUCGCUGAUUACUUAAAGAUUAGGAAACAGGAAGUAUGAGAAGAAAUUUAUGGAAUUUGUAUAUUGUUUAUUGUUGUCUGGAA